GUCCCCGGCCCCGCUCAGAGCGCUCGGCUGGAUGGGACCACAGACUCCCACAUCGGAGGAGGCAGCACACACGAGCCUGUUCCUCUCUUCUCCAGGCUCUGCCUGUCGUCACGACCUGUUGAUGCUUCAGGCGGGGUCCGAUCUGUCUCACUGCAGCCCGGGUGGCAGAGGUGGCACGUGUGUGCCACUUCUCUGACGAGUGCGAUUUCCUUUUGCCCUGUUUGUACACUGGAUCCGUACGUGAAGCAUUAUGACUCUUCUGGGCUCUGAGCACUCCAUACUGAUACGAAGCAAGUUUAGAUCAGUCCUACAGUUAAGACUUCAGCAGAGGAGGACGCGAGAGCAGCUGGCAGACCAAGGCAUCAUGCCUCUCAAUCAUGGCAAGUUCCCGAAGCAGGAGGACUCGUACACGUUUGAGGAGGAUAGCAGCAGCGACGGUUUGUCUCCGGAGCAGCACCACAGUGAAGAGUCACAGGGCUCGGCCUGUCCGUCAUCAGAGGCCGUCGGCAGCACAGCCUCGUCUUCCUCCUCGCCGGCCCUCACCAGCCCGCGACAGGGAGGCACAGCUAAAGACCCGCCAGACCAAAGCCAGGAUGAAGGUGCUGCCAACAACAGCCAGGUGACUCCACCCAUACCGGUUCCAGCACUUGUCAAGUCAAAGACGUCAGACAAAAAUCGACACAAGAAGCCCAAAGAUGUGAAGCCCAAAGUGAAGAAGCUGAAGUAUCACCAGUACAUUCCUCCGGACCAGAAGGCAGAGAAGUCUCCUCCGCCCAUGGACUCGGCCUAUGCCCGACUCCUCCAGCAGCAGCAACUCUUCUUGCAGCUGCAGAUCCUCAGCCAGCAUAAACAUGCUCAUGCGCAGCCUCACGCGCAGUCACAGCAGCAUGCGCACAUUCCACAGAUUCAGCAGCGGCAGCCUACGUUCAACUACCAACUUCACGCAGCCAGCCAGAGCCAAAAAGGAUCCAGUGAGCAGCUGUCAGCUUGUAGCUCCAGUGGUUCCUCCAGCACAGUCAACAGUAACUCAUCCUCUCCGGUCAAAACCACAUUUCCCAACCAAAGCAACAUCUCCCCGAUCAAACCUGGGCCCCUGCCAGCCAAUCUGGAUGACCUUAAAGUAUCUGAGCUCAGACAGCACCUGCGUAUCCGCGGCAUGCCUGUCUCAGGCACCAAGACCGCCCUCAUUGAGCGACUCCGGCACUUCAAGGACUCAAAUUCUGGCUGCUCCCCCACACGCUCCAACGACAUAACCACUGUCACCUUCCCUGUCACUCCCACUGGGUCCUUGUCUUCCUACCAGUCCCCAUCCUCUUCCAGUGCCCUGUCCCAGGGAGGUUACUACCCUUACCCAAGUACCUCCUCAACCCCUCCCAUUUCACCGGCGUCCUCCGAGCUGUCCCUCAGCGGCUCACUCCCCGACAGCUUCAGCGAAGUGCCUAUGUCCUCACCGCCGCAGUUUGCCUUGCAGACUUCACCUGCUCAUCUGAACAUGGAUGACGGUCUGGGAGCAGCCAGCCUAGGAGGAGGAGGACCAAGGGCAGGAGAGGGUGGAGGCGUGGACAGCCUGGAAGCAGAAAAAGAUAAAAUGCUGGUAGAAAAACAAAAGGUGAUUGAGGAGCUGACGUGGAAGCUGCACCAGGAGCAGAGACAGGUUGAAGAGCUUAAGAUGCAGCUCCACAAGAGGAAACGCUGCUACGGAGCAACACAGGACCACCACCAGCACAGUCCAGCCAUGAUGACUCAGCACUUCUUUGGCGUGACGGUCAAACAGGAGCCCGUGUCCCUCUCGUCCAGCUGUCCUCUCGCCUCUCCGAAACAGCUGAAGACUCCUCCUGGAAGCUGCUUGGAGGACAUGGGUCACUGCAAUACGCCCCUGUCCGGCAUGGGGGUUCCUGCUGGGCCACAGUGUAUGGACACAGCGCCAUCUUCUGGCAGCCCUUCCACCAUGUCCGCCUUCCUCAGUCCGCAGUGCUCGCCACAAGACUCUCCCAUUGGGAAGCACUCGAGUAGCCCCCAACCCUCAUCGCCAAGUAAUGGCUACUUGCUGUCGCCACCGCUAGCAAGGGAUGGUUGUUCCCACCCUCACCCACAGGGUGGCACUAGAGCACGCAACAUGCAGUUGCAGCAGAAAAGCAGCGGACAGCCGGCGAACUGUUCCUAUUCUUCUGACCAUAGAGGCCUCCAGGGAGUCUUUUCCAGCUCGACUGAUUGCGGUUUGAACCACAGUGGCUCAGUCAAAGCCGACGCCCCAAAUAUACAACCGAAGAUGUCAGUAUUGUCUUCUCCUCGGCACGUUGGCCAAAAGUCCUUCAGUAGCUCAGAUUCAGCUGCAUCUGACUUAAGACAGCCCCCGUGCUAUGAGGAUGCAGUCAAGCAGCAACUUACCAGGAGUCAGCAGAUGGACGAACUUCUGGACGUGCUCAUUGAGAGCGGAGAGAUGCCAGCUAAUGCCAGAGAAGAGAGGGAGAGGUCCUCUGGAACCAAACCUGUGCCUCACAUUACUGUGUCACCAGGGGGCGCUGGUCUCGCUGUCCCGAGGUUUCACCGCCACUAUGAACACCUGUCCCCUGCCCAGCUUCAUUAUGAGCACUCAGCCAAUCACAUGGCUGACAGCCACCUGGAGACGCUCCUGGGCAGCCCCAUUGGCGCGAGAGGAGAGGUAGUCCUUCUGAAAAUGUCCGCCGAGAAUGGCAGCCAGGACGAUGAAGGGAACAGAGACAGCGAAGGAUACAGCAGCCCCCGCAACUACCACCGCCACCCCCACCACCCCCAACAGGACAAACUUCUGGCCAACAGAGAUCUGAUGGACACGCCCACCUCUCUGUCACCCAUCAGUGCCAAAGUGUCGGUCGUGCCUGAAGUGCAGGGGAUGGUCAGCAUGACCUUCAGCGAGACGCCGUGGGAAACGAUGGAAUGGCUGGACCUGACGCCACCUAGUUCAGCCACUGCCUUCAGCGUAGCUCCGCCCAGUGUGCCUAGCAUCUUCAACACGGAGUUCCUGGACAUCACAGACAUGAACCUGAACUCUACCAUGGACCUCCACCUGGAGCACUGGUGAAAGCAACAAGCUAGCCAUCAGCUGCCGCCACCACCGGCGGCGCUGAUGUCACCAAAAAAAACAAACAAACAAACAAAAACCCGUUGAAUUCUACUUGUAAGUGCCAGAAAUGAACUUUUAUUAUACGACAAUCACUCAAAGGAUAUGAUGUUGGCUGUAAAUGUUCAUCUGAAGAUUGAGAGUGCAUCAGAGGUCGUUGCCUCUUCUCUUCAGAAAGGAAGCUCUCAUGUUCUUAUCACACACAGAAUCCAAAAGGAGUCUUGUUUAUGAACCUAUGAGUGGAAUCCACACGAAAAAUUUACCUACGCACAAAACCAAACUGAAACGUAAUCAGGCGCACUCCACAGGUUCCUCGUGGGCGUGGGGGGCCAGGCUUAGCCGUCCUUGUGGCACUUCUCUAAGCGAUGACAUGUCUGAGGGGGCACCACUCACACCUGUGCUGCCGCCAGCGUAGAUCGCGCAAACGCAUUCACGUGUCAAAACAAAAACAUUGCUUUGGGACUGAAAAUGUUACAUCGUAAGCACUCGGAUGUGGUGACCAUGUACUUCUCCACCUGCGCUCCAUUUCCCACAACCCCAAAUCAGGAAAUGUUGGGACAGUAUGGAAAAGACAACUUACCCCCCGCUGGCACUGAUCCUUACGUUUAUCUUGACUUCUGUUUCAUUACAGACAGCAUGAGCCCAAAGUGUUUAAUGUUUUGUUUGGUCAGCUGAAUUUUAUUUCUUAAUAUUCAUCCAUUCUUUCACUGAAGGUUUGCAACACAUUCCAAAAAAAAAGUUUGGGUGCCAAAGCAUUUAUCCCUUUGUAAUGUUGCCAAUCCUUCACAUUUUGGCACUGAGGACACCAAGUGUUGAAGAGACAAAACAACACCCAUUUUGUCCAAUUCUUCCUGCCCACACAUCUUAAGGUGUUGUAGCAGUUUUCUCCUUUCAAAGUUUUCCAUGCAUUCUCUGCUGGGGACAGGUCAUGACUGCAGGCAGGCCAGUCCAGUACCCGUAUCCUCUUCAUCCACAGCCAUGUCUUGUGGGGUUAACAAAUGCAUGGACAUCCCUGGAAAUGAUGUUGUCUUGAAGGCAGCAUAUGUUGUGCUAACAUCUUCUGCAUUAAUGUUUCCAUCACAGAAGUGUAAAUGACCUUUGUCAAGGGCACUGACACAACCCCAGACCAUGACAGACCCUGGCUUUUGGACUUGCUGCUGAAAACACUCUGAAUGGUCCUUUUUUGUCUUUGGUCAGGAGCACACAGCAUUCAUUUCUUCCAGUAUUUGUUUCCAGUGUGUGAUGGUCUGGAGAAGUUGACACCACUUCUAUACGUUAACAUAAGGCUUCUUUUUUGUGCAGUAAAGUUUUAAGUGGCAUUUGUGAAUAUUACUCUACUACAUUGCAGUGCUUGUCAAAGGUUUCCCAAAGUAAUUCCUUGCUCAUGUAGUUAUAUCAGCUAUUGAUGAAUGGCAGUUCUUGAUUAGAUUGGAUAGAACUUUAUUAAUCCUUUGGAAAGACUUCCUCAGGGGAAUUGAUGCAGAGAUCAUGGGUGUUCAGCUUUAGCUUGCGCCCUUUAUGCACUGAAAUUUCUUCAAAUUCCUUGACUUGUUUAAUGACAUUUUUCACUGUACAGAGAGAAAUAUGCAAAUCUCUUCUGAGGUUUGUUUGGGAAACAUUUUUAAACAUUUCAAUACUUUUCUCAAGUAUUUUUUGACAAAUCCCGCCCAUCUUUGCUCCAAAGACUCAGGGUUUCAUGGAUACUGCUUUUGUACCAAAUCAUGAUUACAAUCACAUGUUGAUCACCUGUGUGAAAUAACAGUUAAUUUUUCUUUUUUUUUUUUUUAACAGCAGUAGUAGCCCUAAAUUGGCCCAGUCUCAACUUUUUUUUUUUUUUUUUUAAUAUGUCUUUCAGGCCUUAAAUGCAGGAAUGGAUGUAAAUUAAUUGAAAUGAAGUUGACCAGACAAAAGAUGAAAUAUUUUGGGUUCAUACAGUCUGCAGUGAAAUAAAGUUCAAUGUAAAUGUAAGAAUCCCUGCAAGUUUGUUUUUUUUUAUUCUGGCUCUUUCUGGUUUGAGGUUGCCCUGUUUCAUUGCCCCAGGAGCCUCAUCUUCUUUAUUUCAUAGUGUUACAUUUUUUUGUGGGUCUUUGAUGUGUUGGCUGAUAAAAUUGACCUAAAUUGUGUUCGAGGAGUUUUAGUACAGUUGAGUUUCUUUUAACAAUUUCAGAAGCAUCCUGUUCAGGGUGUCCCGGGUUCUGGACGUACAUUCUCAUGUUAAAGUCCCCCCAACCCCCCAUAGAAAGUGGUGUACGCUGCUUUCAGUCAAGGUUUUGUACGUAAGUAACAAUUCUAAGCGAGACUCCGGGUGCCUUCUGACACAAUCUUCGUCAUUUUUAGAUGAUGUGCAUUAACUGCCAGGUGAGCACGAUGGCACACGUUUUGUUGUCCACGCAAAAAAAAAAAAAAAAAAAAAAAAAAAAAGUGAUUAGUGCUUUGUAGAAACACUUUAUGCAACAUCGAUGUUAAGCCACUCUGACUUGAAGACACAUUUCUGACCUUCAUUGUAAACGUUCCGAGUCUGUAUGACUGGAAGAAAAAACCCGAAGGAAUUCCAAGGUGAAGAUGGAUGGAUUCAUAAUGGCGUUUUGUAAAUUCCUUAAGCAUCUGUCCCGACAGGUACACGGUGACGUCAGCACUGCAUUAAGACACAAACCACCAACCAAAUGUAUGAUGUAAUCAGUUUAUCACUCUGUAAAUAAGAAGAAUCUCACAAGCACCUUGAGCUUCACGUUCGUCACCGUUUGCUUCAGCUUCCAGUGCUCACAUAGAUGUAGUGUUUUAUUUUAAUGAAACUUUCUUUUCAUGAUUUGUUCCAGUUUAAUUUUUUUCAUCUCUGGUCUUAUCACAUUAUUCAGUGGGGGAACAGUAUUCCCAAUUUCCCAACUUAAUUAAUGAAUUAAUUUUAAGUGUUGAAUAACAAUUUCAUCUCUGCUUUUUUCAUCCCACCUACAAAUUUUCACAUUUUAUUUUUCCAGGCCAAUCUUUUUUUCCUUUAAUAUAUAUAUUUAUAUGCUCUCUUGUAUUUAUGCUGACAUUCCUCUGUGAAAAUUAUGGUGCUGUUAUUUUGACUCUGGACAU